GUCAGUUGACGUCACGCGCUCACGUGGGGUGGUGAGAAUCAGCUGAUCGGCAUCACUUCCUCAUUGGGAUUCGCGAUGUUUUGACGGAGUCUUUCUGCAAAUAUCGCUGCUGGAUUGUCAUUCAUGUAAAUACGGUCGCAUUUGAAGCUCUGGGCAUUUGGCUUCUGUCACCUUCUCUUCAUGAAUACCUCGGACAGUGAAGAGGACUCCUACAACGAGAGGUCUGCUCUGGUCCAGUGCGAAAGCCCAACCAUCCCCUCGUACAACCAAGAUCAUGAUAUGUCUCUCCCCCAGGAAAUAGACAGCAAACCGCGUAGGUCAGUCAGCUCAGGUUUGGACGAGCCAGGGCCGGUGGAGCAAGAGAGAGCGGCCACUCCUGAUGGAGAGGAAGAGGAGCUGACCCUCAAAUAUGGCGCUAAGCACGUCAUCAUGCUCUUCAUCCCGGUCACGCUCUGCAUGGUGGUCGUGGUGGCAACAAUCAAGUCCGUCAGUUUCUACUCGGAGAAGACCUCACAGCGGCUCAUCUACACGCCGUUCGAAGAGGAUCCGAACUCUGUCGGUCAGAGGCUCUUGAACUCGUUCCUCAACACCAUCGUCAUGAUCAGUGUCAUUGUCUUCAUGACGAUAAUACUGGUGGUGCUUUAUAAGUAUCACUGCUAUAAAUUCAUUCAUGGCUGGCUGAUUCUGUCUUCACUGAUGUUGCUCUUCUGGUUCAGCUUCAUGUAUCUGGGCGAGGUGUUCAAGACGUAUAACGUGGCAAUGGACUACCCAACGUUAGCGAUGAUCAUCUGGAAUUUCGGCGUAGUGGGAAUGAUCUGCAUUCACUGGAAAGGGCCGUUGCAGCUGCAGCAGGCUUACCUCAUUAUCAUCAGUGCCCUCAUGGCUCUCAUCUUCAUCAAAUACCUGCCCGAAUGGUCAGCAUGGGUCAUACUGGGAGCCAUCUCCAUAUAUGAUCUGAUAGCGGUACUCUCACCAAAAGGCCCGUUGAGGAUGCUGGUUGAGACUGCUCAAGAAAGAAACGAGCCAAUUUUCCCUGCGCUCAUAUAUUCAUCUGCCAUGGUUUGGAUGGUUGGAAUGGCUGAUUCUAGUAAUUCAAAUUCUGCUGAUCAAAGGCAGCGUAAUGAGGGCGGAGCCCUGGCACAGGAAGGGGUGGAGUCAGAGGAUGAUGCAGCUCUGGGAGGGAGGCGGCGGUUUUCAGCAGAAGAAGAUCUUGAAGAAGACCGAGGGGUGAAGCUGGGUCUUGGUGAUUUCAUCUUCUACAGUGUCCUGGUGGGAAAGGCGGCUGCCAACGGAGGAGACUGGAACACCACACUGGCCUGUUUCGUGGCCAUUCUCAUUGGACUGUGCUUGACGCUUCUCCUGCUGGCCAUUUUCAAGAAGGCUCUGCCGGCUCUUCCCAUCUCCAUCACCUUUGGCCUGGUCUUCUACUUCUCCACGGACAAUCUGGUACGGCCCUUCAUGGACAGUCUGGCAGCCCACCAAUACUACAUCUGACAGAAACCCACUGACACAUGAAGGGCUUUAUCAGAAAACAGUCUUUAUGUUUCAGUGAGAUUCAUACAUUUUUAGUUCCUAUGAAUCUGCAAGGUUUCUGAUAUUUCUGAUACGCUCUAGGUGAGUGAAUGAACGUGUAAAAUGUGUCAAAACAAGUAAACCGAUUUCAUUUGUGUUUUCAUGCAUCCUUGCAUUGGCAUUUUGGCUUUUUUUUUUUAAAAGCUGCACAUCAACUCUUAAGAGUAUACAGUGAUUUACUCUUCUUUUGUACUUACUGACAAAGUAAAUAAAGGCUCUUUUUCAUAAAUAACUUAUAAAGAGGAGAACAGCUGCUAGAUUCAGUCGUGAGACAGAAGCCUGAAUAUGUGGCCUACGUGCAGCUGAUGUUCUGUGUGAGUGCUGUAGGUUUGUCAGCGGUUACAGCAUUAUAAACUAAUCACACAAAU